AUGGGAGAUGAGGGGCUUUCAAUGGCAGAAAUACCAGGGGGUAGAGAUAAAAUGGCUAACAUGGAAAGAAUUAAGGUGGCAGUGCAAUCAGGCGGAGUUGGUGAUUUCAGUGUGUGGGAGUUCUCUGGGAAUUCUGUUUAUUUCUGCUCUUAUGAUUAUUUUGCAGCAAAUGAUCCCACUUCAAUUCACGUAGCACUUUUCAGCCUUGAAGAACCUUAUGAGAUCCAGUUAAGUCAAAUGAUUUUCUGGCUAAGUUUCCUAAAGUCACUUGUCCCUGUGGAAGAACCCAUAGCCUUUGGCGGCAGGCUAAAAAACCCACUUCGAGUAGUUCUGGUGGCCACCCAUGCUGACAUCAUGAAUGUUCCCCGACCUGCUGGAGGCGAGUUUGGCUAUGAUAAAGAUAUGUCAUUGCUGAAAGAAAUUAGGAACAGGUUUGGGAAUGAUCUUUAGAUUUCUGACAAACUAUUUGUUCUGGAUGCUGGUGCUUCUGGAUCAAAAGACAUGAAACUACUACGAAAUCAUUUGCAAGAUAUAAGAAGUCAGAUGGUUUCAGUUUGCCCUCCAAUGACCCACCUGUGUGAGAAAAUCAUCUCUACUCUGCCUUCCUGGAGGAAAUUGAAUGGGCCCAACCAGCUGAUGUCUCUUCAACAGUUUGUAUUUGAUGUGCAAGACCAAUUGAACCCCCUUGCAAAUGAGGAGGAUCUAAGACAUAUCGCUCAGCAGCUGCACAGCACAGGAGAAAUUAAUAUAAUGCAGAGUGAAACCGUACAAGAUGUCAUCCUCCUGGAUCCACGAUGGCUCUGCACCAAUGUUCUGGGAAAGCUCCUUUCUGUGGAGACUCCCAAAGCCCUCCACCAUUACAGGGGACGGUACACCAUGGAGGACAUUCAGCGUCUGGUCCCAGAGAGUGAUGUAGAAGAGUUAAUCCAGAUCCUGGAUGCCAUGGACAUCUGUGCCCGUGACCUGAGCAGUGGGACGAUGGUGGAUAUCCCUGCUCUCAUCAAGACUGACAACUUGCACCGGUCCUGGACUGAUGAAGAAGAUGAAGUGAUGAUAUACGGAGGGGUGCGAAUUGUCCCCGUGGAGCACCUCACCCCCUUCCCCUGUGGGAUCUUUCACAAGGUACAAGUGAAUCUCUGUCGGUGGAUUCACCAGCAGAGCACUGAAGGGGAUGCAGAUAUCCGACUGUGGGUGAAUGGCUCCAAAAUCGCCCACAGAGGGGCAGAGUUGCUUGUUCUACUGGUCAACCAUGGGCAGGGCAUUGAGGUUCAGGUCAGGGGGCUGGAAACUGAAAAGAUCAAAUGUUGCCUCCUUCUGGAUUCUGUGUGUAGCACCAUUGAGAAUGUCAUGACCACCACCUUACCUGGGCUAUUGACAGUGAAACAUUACCUGAGCCCCCAGCAGCUGAGGGAGCAUCACGAACCUGUCAUGAUCUACCAGCCCCGGGACUUCUUCCGAGCACAGACUCUGAAAGAGACCUCAUUGACUAACACCAUGGGGGGCUAUAAGGAAAGUUUCAGUAGCAUUAUGUGCUUUGGGUGUCUCGAUGUCUACUCUCAGGGUAGCCUCGGGAUGGACAUUCACGCUUCAGACCUGAACCUCCUGACUCGGAGGAAACUGAGCCGCCUGUUAGACCCACCCGAUCCUAUGGGGAAGGACUGGUGCCUUCUUGCCAUGAACCUGGGCCUCCCUGAACUCGUGGCAAAGUAUAAUAAUGGAACUCAUAAGGACUUCCUCCCAAGCCCAGUCCAUGCUCUCCUCCAGGAAUGGUGCCACUACCCUGAGAGCACCGUUGGGGUCUUAAUGUCCAAACUGAGAGAACUGGGCCGCCGGGAUGCAGCCGACUUUUUACUGAGGGCAUCCUCUGUGUUCAAAAUCAACCUAGAUGCCAAUGGCCAAGAAGCCUAUGCCUCAAGCUGUAAUAGUGGAACAUCUUAUAAUUCAAUUAGCUCGGUUGUGUCACGAUGAGGACAGUCGUAGGUAUAGGUAGGAUCUCUUCCAGCUCCAGAAGAGGGAGAAGCACAGUACCACAAUGGAUUCUGGAUGUCUUCAUUUAUAUGCUUACACACCAUCUUAUCCCCAUGUCUCCCUUCUCCUUUGCCUCUUCCACUGCCUCCCUCUCGCCAUACAUUGUUUUAUGUGAAGAAGCUCUCUACCUGGAGAGCAAAUCGUUGCUUUUACU